CCGAUUCGCGGGCUCCCGCCAAGAGAGAAGCGCGCGGGACCAAACCCACGUGUCACCGGGACCGGCACCGGGAUCAGAACCGGGACCGGGACCAGGACCAGGAYCGGCAUCGGGACCGCGGCCAUGGCUCAGCUUCGCCUCACCGACUUUUUCGGCCAAACGAAAGCGACCACCGGAGCCCCGUCCAAGCGCAGCGGCGGCCGCCAGCUCAAGGCCGCCCUUCCCGGUCCCCCGSUGCACCGGGAGGAGGAGGAGAAUGGUGCCCCGGCGGGGCUCAUCGCCCGCUCGCCGCCGCUGCCCGGCUCACUGCGCACCCCGGCCCGCGGGGUCUCCCCGGCCCUGCGGGGCCUGGCGGGCAGGAAGCGGAGCCGCCGGGAGAUGGAAGCGGAGUCGCCGGUCGGGGCCCGGCUCGGGGAACCGAGCGGGAAGUCGGCGCGGAAGAAGCUGGAGAUGCCCCGGGAUUCGGAGCCGGGGUCUCCGGGAGCGGCCACCAGCUCCUCGCCUCUGGCCACUCCUCGACCCCCGACAUCCCUCUCAAGGGACCUUCCAGUGUCCUCCCACGCCACCAGAACCGGGUCCCUCAGCCGUGGGCAGGACACGGGGACACAGCCAGGCACAGCCACCACGGGGACAGCCAGGCGCCUGCAGCGGGAGGACGUGGCCAAACUGCAGGAGCGCCUGCAGAGGAUGAAGGUGCUGGGCCAGGUUCCGUCCAUCCCCAGCGGGACCAGCACUGAGCUGCAGAGCCGCCUGGAGCGCGUGCGGCAGCUGGAGCAGCGGGUCCGGCAGAGGAGAGCGGAGAGUGAAGCCACAGCGGGAGCACGGCCAUGCGGGGACACCGGGGCGGCCACUCCUGCAGGAGASACCGGUGAGAAGCCCCCGGCAUACCAGCGCUUCCACACCCUGGCCCAGGACCUGCCCCCAGGACUCACACUGCCCUACAAGUUCAGGGUGCUGGCAGAGAUGUUCCGCAGCGUGGACACCAUCACCGGGAUGCUCUUCAACCGCUCAGAAACUGUCACCUUUGCCAAGGUCAAGCAGGGUGUGCAGGACAUGAUGCGCAGGCAGUUUGAGGAGCGGCAUUUGGGGCAGAUCAAGGCYGUGUAUCCCAGCUCGUAUCGCCUGCGCCAGGAGAAAAACGUCCCCACCUUCGGCAGCGCUGGGAAAAAGUCUGAGUACCAGCUCACACUGGAGCCAGUGCUGGAGGAAGAGGAGAAGGUGGAUGGGCGCCCGCACCUGUCGGCAUCACGCCUGCUGGAGCGCCGCAGGGAGUUCCACCGCAGCCUGGUGAACAUCGUCAGGCAGCACCACAGGGCAUUCCUGGCUGCCCUCACGCCUCCCAUGGAGGUGCCAGAGGAGGAGCUGACCCGGUGGCAUCCCCGCUUCAACGUGGACGAGGUGCCAGACAUCAGCCCCGCGGAGCUGCCGCRGCCGCCGCAGGAGGACAGGCUGAGCACGGCGCAGGAGGUGCUGAGCACGGCCCGGGGGCUGCUGAGCCCCAAGAUGGAAAAAGCUCUUGCCAACCUGGCCUUAAGAACAGCCGAAGCCGGCGCGGAGGAGCCAGCGCUUUCCAAAGCCCCAUCUCCUGCCAGCACCCCCAGCGCGCUCAAAGGGGUGCCCCAGGGGCUGCUUGACAGRGUGCGGGCGAAGGAGGCUCAGCGGCUGCGGGCGCUGCUGACUCGGGACGCGCAGCAGGAGGAGCGGGCGGCGCGGCUGGCCCGGUUGCCGGCCAUGGCGCGCGUCCUGCGCAGCGUCUUCGUGGCCGAGAAGAAGGCAGCGCUCAGCAUGGAGCUGCUCUGCGCCCGCCUGACCGACAGCUGCCCUCAGCUUGUGGCGCCUGGUGAGAUGGAGAAGCACGUGCGGCUCUUGGCGGAGCUGCUGCCCGACUGGGUGGGCAUUCACGCACUCAGGACCGACACCUACGUCAAGCUGGACAAAGAGAAGGACCUGGGCCUGGUCACCGAGAGGCUCAACAAGGCAGCCAAGGAGGCCGGAGCGCUCUGAGCUCCUCAGGGAUUGAGUUAUUUUCUCCUCUAAGUGCAAAAUGUCUCCUCUAAAUGUAGCAAAUCCUGAGGGCUCCCCAGGUUCUGGGGUGGGCUGGUGGGARGCUCAUCCUCAGGGGUGGUUGAGGGAGGGCAAAGUGCCUUUAUUUAACUAAUUCCAUGGGAUUGUAGGUCCCCUAGAGCAAUCCURUGGCCUGGGGUGCUGAUGGAAGCGACCCUACCCUGAGGAACCUCUUCCUCUUCUUUCUGUGUUCUCCUGAAGUUUCAGUGCAUGAGUGGUCUCCUCAAGGUUCCAUUUUGGAGGUUUCUUCCAUUAACUGGGUCCUGGUGGGUGAAGGCUGGACAGAGCAGGCUGAGAGGGUGACAGGCGGGAAGGAAUGAGAGAAAAAGUCACAAAUUGGUGUUUUUGGAGCUCUGGGCCUCGUUCUGUUUUUAAGAGAGGGAAAAACGCAUCCUCCAGUCCUCGCUGGAAACAACUACAGGACUUGUCAAAACAUAUUUGUAUUAAAUGUUUUAAAUAUA